GUUCGCCCUGCUCUCCCUCCCCACUCCCCCCGGAGAGUCGACCAGCAGGGAGUCACAAACCGGACCGCCGACCUCCUGAGGAGAUCCGCCAUCGCCACGACAACCCUGGACCCUAACCCUGUUCCCAGGACGACCCACCAUGCAGCGCUAGGCAGUGGAGUCUGGACCGCACCGAUAACCACAGGCAGGGGAGCCCUCCUCCUCCUCCUCCUCCUCAUGAUGAAGCCCAGCGAUGCGCGCCUCCUGGAGCUGCUGGGCACCCUGCUCUCCAUCGCGGCCUGGCUGCUCAGCAUGGCCACCACCUUCACCUCCACCUGGCUGACCCUCUCCACCGAGCUGCUGCCCAGCGAGAGCUACCAGCUGGGGCUGUGGGAGACGUGCGUGGUGCAGGACCUCGGUGUGCAGGAGUGCCGCCCCUACGACAGCCUGCUGGGGCUGCCCCCCGACAUCAAGCUGGCCCGCAUCCUGAUGUGCGUGGCUCUGGGCACGGGCCUGCUGGGAGCCCUGCUGGCCGUCCCCGGGACCCACGCCGUGACGGCCUGCGACCCCCGCCUGGAGGACCCGGAGGUGAAGAGGGUGAUGAAGAGGGUGGGCGGCGCGCUGUGCCUGGCCACGGGGGUGCUGGGUCUGCUGCCCGUGUCCCACGUGGCCCACCUCACCGUGGUGCGCUUCUUCGACCCCGGGUUGCCCGCACUGGUCCCGCGCUGGGAGUUCGGCAGCGCUCUGUUUCUGGGCUGGACGGCGGGGGUGGUGCACCUGGCCGCGGGGGGGCUGCUGCUGGCCUCCGCCCGCCGGGGCCGCCGGGGCCCCCGAGACACACCCAUCCCUCUGGCCGGGGUGCGGUCGCAGGACAGGGGGCCCCGGACGAGAGACGAGUCUGUUUGAGGACGGGUGGGGUCGCCUCUUCACGGGACGGGGGGGCCCAGGAAUAGGGAUGAAUAUGUCACGGAGGGAAGGGCUGCUCCCCAGGUCGUCGCUGUGAGGAGAGAGUUAGUAGCCCCAGGUACUGUGCCAUACUGCUGCUUUGAGGAUCGCAGGUUCAAUCAGAGGACGGGAGGCAGCAAAGACAUCUGGGAGACAUCUGAGAGACAUCUCAGAUGUCUUAAAGACAUCUCAGAGACACCUUAAAGACAUCUCAGAGACAUCUGAGGGACAUCUGAAAGACAUCUCAGAGACAUCUCAGACAUCAUUAAGACAUCUUAGAAACAUCAAAGAGAUCUCAGACAUCUUAAAGACAUCUCAGAGACACCUUAAAGACACCUCAAAGCUAUCUGGAAGACAUCUCAGACAUAUCAGAGACACCUUAAAGACACCUCAAAGCUAUCUGAAAGACAUCUUAAAGAUCUCAGAGAUCUCGGACUCAUCAACGGGACGAUGGAGGGAAGGGAUUAAGGUGAUGUCUACCUGCACUUGUAGCUUUUAUAAUGUUGUGCUAUAUUGAGUCCAUGUGCAAUAAGUUACUUAAUAUAAGUUAAUAAGUUAAGGAUGAGGUGAAAUGUACAUUUCAUUGGAUUUCAAAAUUUGAGGUUUAAUUGUUUAAAACACAACUGCACAUAGUUGGUGUCUGAAGAGAUAUCCUGCGUAGACUUUAAAACAGGAAUAAUGCUAUGCAGUAUUUAUCUGAAUCUUGCAAAAAAACAUAUUUAGUGCUCACAGUUAUGUAUUUCUCAUUAUGUUAGGAUCAUAUAUAUUUAUUGUUGUAUAGCCUUGAACAUAAUGAUAGAUAAUAUAUAUAUAUAUAUAUAUGAAUAUAUGAAACAUAAAUCAUGAAAGGCUCAUGAGGAGUCAUUGUUUAAUCGACCACAAUGUCAUAGACGUCAACAUAAAACAGUUGGUGAAUAUAUUAUAUUUAAUGAUGAUAUUUCAAUCAGAUGCCAGAGGUUAUAGUUGAAUGUACUGUACCAUAAUAUAUAAUUUAUCAGAAACCUUGAAUGUCAUUUAGCAAACAAAUGUAAAACAUGCUGAUAAUUUCAUUAAUAAAUGUCAAAGUAUAUAUUGUAUUUGUUGUGAUCAAGGGUUUUACAUAAAUUUAUUUAGAAUUUAAUUCCAAUAUUGAAAUCAUUCUAAAUCUAACCAGAUAUCCUUCAGGAUAGCAUUAUGGAUUAUGAACACAAGUACGUUUGUGUUUUUCAGACCGUUUUUAUAAUAGUUGAUCUAGUAAAUCGAGUCAAACUGGAACAAUGUAACAUCAACAUAAACAUGGAAGAGAUCGA